GGGCGGGCUGCAGCAGCCAGCUGUUGGAAAGCAGCGCUCCUGAACCAUCCGCUACUACUGCAUCAGCAACUUUCCUCGUUUGACUGGUCUUGAUCGAGUGGGUGAAACUCAAGAAGUAAACAGAGGAAAGGAGAUCGAGGAACAGGUGUCAGACUCACAGACGGCAGAAAAAAUGGGAAGAAAGAAAAUACAAAUUUCUCGUAUUCUGGACCAGAGGAAUAGACAGGUGACCUUCACCAAGCGUAAGUUUGGUCUGAUGAAGAAGGCGUAUGAGCUGAGUGUGCUGUGUGACUGUGAGAUCGCCCUCAUCAUCUUCAACAGCACCAACCGUCUGUUCCAGUACGCCAGCACAGACAUGGACAAAGUGCUGCUCAAGUACACAGAGUACAGCGAGCCACACGAGAGUCGCACCAACACAGACAUACUGGAGACCCUGCGUAGGAAAGGCCUCGGUCUUGACGGCUCAGAGCUCGACAGUGAAGAGACCAUGCAGGUGGCUGCAGACAAAUAUCCUCUCAGCGAAGGCAUGGAUCUCUCUGUGGCACGCCAGCGCUUCUAUGCUCCAUCACUGCUCUCACCAGAGACCCAGUUCCUGGUGUCUGCAGGCUGUGAAAACGGCUUCCCUAACUCCUCUGGAUCCAGCAUGUCAUCCCACAGACCCCCGGUCUUUAAAUCUAUUAGCUCCAGACCCAGCUCUGCCAGCCCUGCUGCACCACACGCACACACUGCAUUCAUGUCUCCACACUCAGGUAUUGGCUACUCCGUGUUCUCCCACGGCAACCUGAAUCGCACUCUGGACAUGAAAAGCCCUCCUCCUCUGAACCUGGGCAGUGAGAACCUGCGAGGAGAUGCUGCUAAUCAGGCCAUGGGUGCCACACGUGCUAACCACAACUCUGCUAGGGGUCUCUUGUACCAGGGUCUGCACAGCAGCAGCUCCAUGGUAGCCAUGGGCAAGGCGGGGCUGUUGGGCCACAGUCUGGGAGGCUACGGCCUUCCCUCCCCUGGAGCCUCUGAGUACAGCCAGCCCGGUUUUUAUCACUCUGUUAGUCUACAACGAGCAGCAGUGAACCCCUGGCAAGCAGCACAGCCGCCUCAGGAACCCCAUGGGCCUCAUAUAAGUCCAGGGAUGUCCAGCGGAGGGUGCUCCUUCCCCUCUCAGUCUUGCUCCUCAACCUCUCCGCAUCUGCCCUCCCUGAACCUCAGCAUCAAAUCAGAGCGUAGCUCUCCUGAGCACAUGUCCUCGCCCACCUCUCCUCCUAUACACCACCUCAGGCAGCACUCUCCAAUGAGCGACCUUGAUUCGGCUUGCCAUACCCCUCCAGAAACCCGGCCGGCCAAUGAGACGAAGGAGUUUCCCAAAACUGGCUACCCACAAGACGAAAAGGAAGGAGGGCAGCCACUUAGGCAGUUAGACAUGAGUGACGGCUGGCAGAGAUAGCUGGCUGCUGCAAUCUACCAGCAUCUGUCAUUCAAUCAGCUAUCCACCUUCAAAACCAGUGCUAUAUUACACACACACACACACACACACACACACACACACACACACACACACACACACACACACACACACACACACACACACACCAAUAUAACACAAAAGAUAGAGAGACAGGGUUGAUUUGUCCCCAUCAUCCCAGAGAGGAAUACCUCUCUUUGUCUUCUCAUACAGAGCUGGUCUCUCCUGGGCGAAUUUUUCUCUGCAUCACUUGAUUGACCCCAUGAGGAGAUAGAUGCAUACAGACAUUUGCUUUUUGUUUGGUUAGGUUUAGUUUUCUGUGUGGACAUAAUGUGAAUCAAAAAAAUACAAUUUGAAAUGUGUUUGUUUUUAUCUGUGACUUUGUUGAAGUUAGCUACAGCAGCACAGUGGGACCAACUGAAUUUCUCCAAAAGUGUAAAAUGCGUCUACGAACAUAUUUGGCUUUCAAAGCGGCCUUCAGUGUUUAACCUAGGUUUGGUGUGAAAAUUGGAAAAUAGCUGUAAAAUUACACUCCACUGUCUUUGUAUAGAUGUUACAGUGAAAAGCAGGUGGGAAUGGAAAAUGACUCUUAGCCUCUAUGUACAUUAAACAUUUACAGCUUGUGUCCCUGUUGUUUGAAAUAGUGAAAUGUGCCUGGACAUUAGGACAUCUUAAAGGUGAGGUGCAUUUUUUUUAAAAGUUUGUUUUAAAACAAUACUGACAUGCCCAUAUGUGCACUGAAAGUGUUUGUGGUCACUGUAAUUGGUCCUGAUUUCCAUACUGGCUGUAAAAAAGACCCCUUCAUAAUGCAAUUCUAUUUUAAGAGUUAAAGCUAAGCUUUUAAGCUAUUUUUAGAGUUUUGUGCUAAAAAUACUGUCUAGAAUGAAUUUUCAUACAAAGCCAAGAUUUUCCCCCUCUAUCUCUGGAGUCAUAUUAAGAGAGGAUCAAUGACAGAUACCAAAACCUGUUUCAAUGCACAUAUGGACAUGUAUGCAUAGACUUGAAAAAAAGUGAACCUAUUCUUUAAAAAUCUGGGCAUCAGUGGAUCUCAGGAAUUUAGAUGAUUGUUUCCUUAGAAAGUUAAAAAAAAAGUAUCUCUUUCCAUGUUUGUUUGUAAGACUUUAAUUGUGGAUAAGCUAAAUUUUAAUUAUUUUAUUCUUACAAAUAAUCAUAGUCCAAAUUUAUGGCAAUCUACUUCAAAUAAAGACCAAAUGGUUUAAGUAUUGUCCCUAUGGAUUGCAGUCAAAUACUGCAACACCCAAAGAUGUAUGUAUUUCUCUAUAGCAGGUCUAAUUUGAUUUAAAUAAUAUAGAAAUGGCAUCAAUUCCUUUUUUUGAAGGGCUUAAUUUAGUAAGUGCAUAUUGAUAUUUAUAUAUGAGACACUGUGUAAUGAGUGAGUCUAAUUAUUUAUAGAAUAUUUCAUUAAAAAAAUCCCACAAACAACUUUUUUUAUUGAGGGAUAUUUGGUUUUCAGCAUAGGCUAUAGGUACAUAUAUGGACAUCUGUGUGUUUUAGUUUAGCAUAUUCAACUUUUGUUCUGCAAAUAAAAUAUACUCAGAAUUCGGGUUGGGGUGAAUUUACCCUUCUUGUCCACCAGGGGUCAUCUUCUUUUACAACAUUUGGAUUUGAAUGAGAAGUUGCAGAGCAGAGAGGACCAGCCUUAACUAUUAGUGAUUAAUCAUGAGAUGAAUCUCUAUGACAAGACCCAGGUUCAGUGGUUCACCCUGAAGACAUUUAACAAAUAGAUGAAGACAAACUCUGCAGAGAUUCAGUGAGCCGGUCGGUGGAGGGCUUCAAGUUCAAGUGCUGCUGUGGAAUUAGCUCUUUUUUUCCUUUUUUAAAAAAAAAAUGCAGUUAUGUGGAUUAAUAUCAGCAUGAAAAACCAAGUUAUCAGUAUUCUGAUGUUUUGGAUUUAGUUUUUAUAUGUUUGCUGAAUGCUUCACUAACAGAACAGAGACAGAUUUUUAUUUGACAUUUGUUGUGUUUCCUUUUAA